UGCCAGGGGCUCAUGUCGGAGGAGUGCGGGCGGACUGCAGCCCUGGCGGCCGGGAGGACUCGGAAAGGCGCCGGGGAAGAGGGACUGGUGAGCCCCGAGGGAGUGGGGGACGAGGACUCGUGCUCCUCCUCGGCCCCACUGUCCCCGUCGUCCUCGCCCCGGUCCAUGGCCUCAGGCUCCGUCUGCCCCCCUGGCAAGUGUGUGUGCAACAGCUGCGGCCUGGAGAUCGUGGACAAGUACCUUCUCAAGGUGAAUGACCUGUGCUGGCAUGUUCGGUGUCUCUCCUGCAGUGUCUGCAGGACCUCCUUAGGAAGGCAUACCAGCUGUUAUAUUAAAGACAAAGACAUUUUCUGCAAACUUGAUUAUUUCAGAAGGUAUGGAACUCGCUGCUCUCGCUGUGGGAGGCACAUCCAUUCUACUGACUGGGUCCGGAGGGCCAAGGGGAAUGUCUAUCACUUGGCGUGCUUUGCCUGCUUUUCUUGCAAAAGGCAACUUUCCACAGGAGAGGAGUUUGCUUUGGUGGAAGAGAAAGUCCUCUGCAGAGUGCAUUAUGACUGCAUGCUGGAUAAUUUAAAAAGAGAAGUGGAAAAUGGUAAUGGGAUUAGUGUCGAAGGCGCCCUCCUCACAGAGCAAGAUGUCAAUCAUCCAAAACCAGCAAAAAGAGCUCGAACAAGCUUUACAGCAGAUCAGCUCCAGGUUAUGCAAGCACAAUUUGCUCAGGACAACAACCCAGAUGCACAGACCCUCCAGAAACUGGCAGAAAGGACAGGCUUGAGCAGACGUGUGAUACAGGUGUGGUUUCAGAACUGUAGAGCACGCCACAAGAAACACGUCAGUCCUAAUCACUCCUCCUCUGCCCCAGUCACAGCAGUCCCGCCCUCCAGGCUGUCUCCACCCAUGUUAGAAGAAAUGGCUUAUUCUGCCUAUGUGCCCCAAGAUGGGACAAUGUUAACUGCGCUGCAUAGUUAUAUGGAUGCUCAUUCACCAACAACCCUUGGACUCCAGCCCUUGUUACCCCAUUCAAUGACACAACUGCCAAUAAGUCACACCUAA